AUGUCCCAAAUUACAUCCCCAGGGUCUCUCAAGGUUGCCGCAGUCACCGAGAGAUCUUGCGAUUCCAGCCCUAGCCUUUCACCAACAGAUGAAAAGGACCUCGCGACACCAUCUUCUGCCUCCUCUAUCAACCUCGAAAGCCAAAUCCCAAAGCCACCACCCUACCAUGUCUUCACUCGAUCCCGAAAAUUGCAGAUGGUGUGCAUUGUCUCGCUUGCAGCCAUCUUUUCUCCGCUAUCCUCUAAUAUCUACUUCCCCGCGUUGGGUGUCAUCUCAAAGGACUUGGGUGUCUCCAUGUCACUUACCACAUUGACUGUUACAAUAUACAUGAUUGUUCAAGGGCUUGCUCCUAGUUUCUGGGGCUCUUUCUCCGACACUAUUGGCCGUCGCGGUAUUUUCAUUGGUACUUUCCUUGUCUAUAUAAUUGCCAAUAUUGCGCUGGCCGUAUCCACAAACUAUGGAGAGCUUAUGGCUUUCCGUGCGCUACAAGCGGCUGGUAGCUCGGCAACUAUUUCAAUCGGUGCUGGCGUGAUUGGUGACAUCACCACAUCAGCCGAACGAGGAAGUUUAGUGGGCAUUUUUGGCGGAGUACGCAUGCUUGGCCAGGGUAUUGAUCCCGUGUUUGGUGGAAUGCUGUCUCAAUACCUGGGCUAUAGAUCCAUUUUCUGGUUCCUGACCAUCCUGUCCGGCUUCAGUCUGAUUUCUAUUCUGAUCUUCCUACCCGAAACCCUCCGAACCGUCGCUGGCAAUGGCACUGUCCCAUUGCACGGGUUUUACAAGCCAUGGAUCUACUGUAUUACCGGUCAAAAAGAGGCCCAAGAAGACUCAAUUCCCACUAUUACAAAGAAGAAGGUGACUUGGAAGACUGUCUUUGCCCCUCUUGGCUUCCUCGUCGAAAAGGAUGUCUUCAUCACCUUGUUCUUCGGCGCCAUUGUGUACACUGUCUGGUCGAUGGUGACCUCCUCCACAUCCGAUCUUUUUGAGACCCGCUAUGGACUCAACUCUCUAGAAGUCGGCCUGACCUUCCUAGGCAACGGCUUCGGCUGCAUGUCUGGAUCCUACUCCAUCGGCUAUCUGAUGGACUACAAUCACAGACGCACUGAACGCGAAUACUGCAUGCGCAACAACAUACCCCUUGAAACUCGUAUCUCCUCCAAAUCUCACCCCGACUUCCCCAUCGAGUACGCUCGUAUGCGCAACACCUGGUGGAUCACAGCCGUGUUCAUUGUGUGCACCGCCCUCUAUGGUUUCUCCUUAGAUACCCACCUUGCCGUCCCAGUCAUCCUCCAAUACAUCAUCGCCUACUGCGCCACCGCCAUCUUCACAAUCAAUAGCGCUUUGGUGAUCGACUUGUACCCCGGCGCUAGUGCCAGCGCGACGGCAGUCAACAACCUGAUGCGCUGCGAGAUCGGAGCCGCCGGUGUUGCAGCCGUCCAACCCAUUAUCGACGCCAUCACAGCCGAGUAUACAUUCCUUCUCCUUGCAGGCAUCACUCUCGUCAUGGUCCCUCUUCUCAUGGUCGAGAUGCGCUGGGGUGCCGGAUGGCGCAUGGAGCGAACAGAGCGACUCAAACGCAAAGAGCAGUCGCAGUCCGCGUAA